AUGGUGGAUCACGAUCCAGGCCUUAAACAGGAGGAAAACUAUCCUCUUUUAAAGGUGGAUGCGGGAGGAGGUGAUUCUUGUGUGGGUCCUCAAGCGCCGCUUACUACGGUAUCUCCAGGAUGGACCAUUGCUUCUGGGAGAAAACAUUCUUGGCUUAAUCGGUGGCCCGAAUUAUUCUCGGCCUGUUGGAUGACGUUUAUUUUAUUGGGAAUAUCUCUUCUGGUAUUUUACGCUAUUGGUAUUAGCGUUUACAGACACCAGGGUCUUAUAUUUGUAAAUUGCAACGACACCAGACCAUAUAGUCAAGUUUUUUAUCAUCAAAUAGUCUCAGCAGAAACAUAUUUUCCAUUCAGCUCGUACUAUGGAUAUCUAUCGAACAUGGUUACGCAAUACCCUGAUCUACGUUUGAAUUGGUUCUUCCUGAUCGACGAUUCACAGCAGUAUACCUUCAAUAAAUUAGUUCAAACGAGAAAAACGAAUGUCUUUGAGAAAAACAACAGGAGAUCCAUUCAAGAUUUUAGACUGAAAUACAAAAGUGUAAAUCUUACUAUCAUGCUCUUAAGUAAGUUUAUGGCGACGACUCCAAUGAGGUUCAAUUGGAGAACUAUUCCGGUAUCGUAUUUGAGUUUUUACGUAAGGACCUUCUCGGUCUGGCGCAACGGUGGCAUAGGGAUGGAUUUAUCUAUAUUCAAUGCACGAUUUAACAGUCGAUCCGAAGAUAAUAGAAUCAAAGCAAUAUUGAAACAGCACAAUGACGGUAUACAACCUGAAAUUUAUUCCAACGCACUCAGCACUAUAGACUCCCAAGAGGAAACUGAGUUUUUCGCGUUAAUUAACCAGUUUUUAAACGAAAUUCGAUCCCUUCUUAAUAAAACUAUGUUCUUUUCUACGACAUCCGAAAAGAGGCAUAAUUUUAACGAGCCACGCAAAGGUAAACGUGAAGUAAAGGACUUGUUUCGUAUUAAAAGUUUUGAUGAAAACUGUACUGCUCACCGCCAUUUGUCAAACUCAUCCAAUAACAAAGGAGCAGCAGCAAGCGAGAGCAAAUUAAAUAGCAGCGUAUCCCAUACAUUAAGGACAGUCGGCGAUGUGUUAACGUUUUCUAAUUCAAGCUCUAAUAAUACUCCAUCGCAAAGGGAUAUAAGAAAUAUAUUCCCUGAUAAGAUGAAUGCGACAUCAGAAAUGAAACGGGUAACGAAUAAUAGUUCAGAAUCUCCUUCGGUAAUGUUUUUCUAUGAAUUUUCAUUUUUGAGUGACGGAAUGGAGCCGGUUUAUGUGUUGCCUGAUUUCGAAAAGAAUUUAGGAGGCUUAAACACACAAGCAACAUUAAAGAAAAACACGAGAGAGAAUCGGAUUGCCCCUCAACUUUUGGCCAUAGAUUCGGAAGGUGUUUUUGUAGCGGCUUCUGCUCGUUUGCAUCCAUUAUUGGGAUAUUUAAUUGGCAAUGGCUGUCACCAUUUGCACCCCAAGUUUGCCAUUCAAAAUGCUUUAUCUACUCAUUGCUCACGAUAUUUUCGAAAUGAUUUAUACUGCGAUAAUAUUUUUUUGUUGUGA